CACAGAUCGUCGUCCCCUUCCCAGAUCAUGCUGCCUAUCCGCACGCCUGUCGGAUUGUCAGGUCUCACAGCUGCAGCUGCCCUCCGGAGAGCUCCGGUUGCUGUCCAGCGAAGAUGGCACCACCCUGAUCUAACAAAGGCAAGGAGGCAAGGAAUGAACCUGGGGAAUGAAUGAAUGCACGACAGAUGAGCGAGCUGACACACCUGAUCUGCUGUGCUGUGCGAAUGCUGUCCUGUUGAUACACUUCAGCUCAAGGGGUGGAAGAGUGUCGAGAAGGAAUCAAGCAUCCCACACACAGCUGCUGAGAGGGAAGCACAGCAUGCACUCAAGAUGGGGCUGCCAGGGGCGUCGAGCAUCACCGACAAGUCCAUUCCCACCUUCUCGAGAGGGGAGCUGCCUCACUUUGCCGGCAUCCUGACGUUCAUGAAGGCGCCUUAUGUCGAGGACAUCACGCAGGUGGGCAAGUACGAUGCUGCCGUGGUCGGUGCGCCGUUUGACGGCGGAACUACGUACAGAUCUGGGGCAAGGUGAGCCUCAAUCAAGACAGAUCUGCCAUUACUGAAUGUGACGCGAUUGAUGUGUUACUUUGGUGGUGGUUGUCCUGCAGAUUUGGGCCGCAGGGCAUCAGGAAGAUAUCUGCCUUGUACUCACCAUACAACUUCGGUAUCAAGGGCACAGGCACACACACACACACACACACACACACGCUCACUGCUCAGUCCAUGCACUUUUUUGUUGUCUGCCUGCUUUCCGUUACUUUCUUAUCAGAGUUGGGUGUCGAUCUGCGCGAGCAAAUGUCACUGUGCGACUGUGGCGACAUAUUCAAGUAAGACAGGCUGCUGAGAGAGAAAGCGAAACGAGAGCUGUGUAAGGCUCUGUGUUCCUCCUUGUGUCAGCAUCCCUGCCAACAUCGGUACUAUACAUCAGUCACGCAAUCUAGACACGCCAUCUGUCCUUUCUCUGCUCUCAUUCGCACACGUGUGUGUAUGUGCAGAGAAGACCUUCGACCAGAUCACCAAUGCGGUCGGGCACAUCGCGCAGAGCGGCGCCAUGCCGGUAGUGCUGGGUGGCGAUCACUCGAUAGGCUUCCCGACUGUGCGUGGGGUGGCGGCAUGCACAAGCAAAAAGAUCGGCAUCAUCCACAUCGACAGACACCUCGACAUAUCGGUCAGCCGGCCGUCAGUAAUGACCACACCCUCACACAGGAUGCCGAGAGUGCUCAUAUCCGUGAUAUGCGCUGUCAUUAAUGUCAUCAGGAGAAGGAUCACGAUGAGAGAAUGCACACCACGCCAUUGUAAGAUCAAGACACGACAACACGAGAGAGCACGUAUGCCUCUAUGUGUGUGCUUGGCUUGUAUCAGUUUCCACGCGACGAACAUCCCAAAUGUGCCCGCCAAGAAUCUGGUGCAAGUGGGCAUCGGGGGCUGGCUCGUCGACCGCAGUGCCUUCCCUGUCAUACGCGAGCGCCGCCCCACCAUCUUCACCAUACAAGACAUUCAGGAAUACGGACCUGAAAAGGUAUCCAGACGCACAAACAUCGAUCGAUCAUCCGUGCGUGUGUGUGUGUGUGUGUCGAUGUGUUUGUGGGUCAGGUGAUGGAGAUGGCGUUGGACAGGGCGUGGGAUGGAGUGGAUGCCGUCUGGCUGUCAUACGACAUCGACUCCAUUGAGGCCGCAUUCGUGCCCGGCACUGGCACUCCCGAACCGGGCGGACUGCUGCCCAGAGAAGCACUCAAAAUGGUGAGUGAGGGGAGAGAUGUCAUGACAACAGACACGAGCACUCGGUGCUCACGCUGUGUGUGUGUGUGUGUGUGUGUGUCGAUUAGGUGAGUAUGGCUGCGCGGGAGGGCAUAUGCGGCAUGGAGAUUGUGGAGGUUUCCCCGCCUUACGACCAUGCGGACAUCACCUCGUUGAUGGCGCUGCGCAUCGUGGUGGAGGUGCUGGGCAGCCUGGUGUCCUGCGGCAAGAUGGGUGCACACAAACACAUACUGGACAGGGAAUUCAAACCAUUCUGACACAUGUAAUGACACGUGUGCAUGCGGCUGAGCGAUGAUCAUACGGUGGCUACGUGGAAGCAAGGCCGCUUUUUCGGCCCUUCCCUGCCAAUAAGGACAGCUGUCUCUGUAUUUUGAGACGAGGGUUGUAUGAGUCUGUUGGCCUUUGUUGAUUACGUGGGUGUGUCGUCAGCUGUUAUGGAGUUUGCCCUUUGCCCUUAAUGGACCACGCUCACUUCACUUGUCUAUGAUCAUGGAUGUGCUCUGAUGCCUCCCUGAUGUGUGUCCUUCACACACAUGCACGUCAAAGGAAGGCGCCACCGAGACUCGGUAUCCACCGAGACUCGGUAUUCACAUGAAUCGAAUGUCUGUACAA